AUGUUACACCAUGUAUCACCCGCCGCUGUUUUAACAGUGGCAGCCAUGAUCCUCCCGUCGAUCGUCUCCGCCGACGGCCCGCUAGCGUCUGACAAACGAGGUCUCUGCUUCACGCCCAACGACACGACCCGCGCCGACGACGCAGUCUGGCCCCCGGCUCUGUCGUGGUACUACAACUACAAACCUCUCCCCGAGCCCAAAUACAAGGACAUUCCCCAGUCCGAGUUCGAGUUUGUGCCCAUGCUAUGGGGUGCCCCGGAGACGAAGGGAGACACCUCGUUUGUCACGACCAUCCAAGACCUGAUCAAGAGCGGCGUCAACAUCACCAACGUCCUCGGCUUCAACGAACCGGAUGCCCCGUACUCGUGGGGAGGGAGUUAUUUGGAUCCUAUCACGGCGGCUCAGGUGUGGGUGGACAACAUCAAGCCCUUGAGUGAUGUGGGAAUCCGAGUGGGUUUGCCCGCCUGCACCGCCGGACAGGACGGCUUGCCCUGGCUCAGGACCUUUGUCCGCGAGUGCUCGAAGCUUGUCAGCACGGAAAACAAAAAGGAGAACUGCACGUUUGACUUUGUGACGAUUCAUUGGUAUGGGAGCUUUGAGGGGUUGGCCAGCCAUAUGGGCCAAUAUGCUGCUGAGUUCCCCAACAAGACCAUGUGGAUCACCGAGUACAAUUUCGCCCAUCAGAGUCUCGAGGAUACGCAGGCCUUCUACAAGAUUUCUGCCGAGUACUUUGAUCGUUUGGAUUUUGUUGAGCGGUAUUCCCUGUUCGGCGCCUUUAGGAGCGACGUCUCGAACGUGGGACCCAAUGCUGCCAUGUUGAGCAACGAUGGUAGACUGACGGAUAUUGGCGCUUGGUACCUGGGCAAGGAAUCCACCGGCGUCAAGCCUACUGAUGGUCAAUCUGUUAGUGCUGCUGUGCGUCAGACCGUGUCCAUAGUGAGUGCCUCGCUUAUUGGUGCUGCUGCUGGUGUGUGGGGGUUAUUUUGA